CAUGGAACGAAGGACUUCAAUGGGUCUGCGCACUCAGAUAUAUCUACAUACCGCUGACCACACGGAUACUGUACCCCAGGAAACGCGCCAAAAUGGCGGCCACGGGAUUUCCGUUUCCAGGGAACCAUCACAGGAUGACCACAGGGUCCUUGUGUCCAGAGAACAGCCGUUAGCUGACCACAGAGUUACAGUCUCACGAGAACCGCCUCAGUACCUCGACAGACGAAGAUCGUGGUUGACUGAAGAUAUUCCUGAUGAUGAUGACGAUGACGAUGCUAUCGUCAUCCCUAUUCUACCUCUAGAAAUGGCUGUCAUUUGUUGUGUGACAAACUUCAUCCUUCCCGGUGUAGGCACGAUGAUAGCGGGUUUUUCUGUGCUGUGUUGUGCCAAAACAGACGACAUCACACCUAAACAGAAAUAUUCCUCCGCCAUAGUUGUAGUGGCGAUCGGUUUCCUCCAGCUGAUCAUGGUGUCCUGCUUUCUGAUUGGCUGGAUUUGGAGCGGGAUUUGGGGAGUCUCGUUAAUAGGAAAUUCAGCUGAAUAUUACAAAGAAUCCGAGUCCUCCAACUGGCGAGACGAUAGCCGUCGACGUUUACGGCCGCGGUCGAACCUUAUUUACCCCAUGCGGGCUAGAUCUAACAUAAGGUACCAUCGUCCUCCCCCGCCGUAUGAGAUGUACCGUACCCCACCCCCGGGGUACUCCAUGCCCGGACAGACGCUAGAUCAAGAGGAAACAGAAGUUCCGGCGGAACCCGAACCGGAUCGAAAUUUAGACAUGGUUGAAGAGAAUAUAAUUAGAAACGAAGAAAAUAACCCACAACCUCAGUACUGGCAGUGCAUGGUGUGUCGGAAACAAAACAAUGCUUCGGAACGCAAG